UCAAUCUUUAUGGAUGUCAAAGCAGCCCCCAACGGUGUGGCGACCAUAGAAGACCGGAUCUUAAGGAUCACUGGAUAUUAUGGGUAUUACCCAGGUUACUCCAGCCAGAAACGUGGAGAUGGAGCACAAGCAAAUGCAGAAAAUAUACCCGAAAGCCAGGAAAAAUCCCGAUGUCAGUCAUGUACCUCCACGUUCCUAAAAAUUAUCUGGGGAUGCCUGAUUAUCCUCUCAGUGUCAUCGUCCUGGGUUGGAACCACUCAGAUAGUAAAAAUCACAUACAAGAACUUCUACUGCCCGUUCUUUAUGACGUGGUUCUCAACCAACUGGAACAUUAUGUUUUUCCCGGUGUAUUAUUCUGGGCACCUAGCAACAGCACAAGAGAAGCAGUCACUGCUCCAAAAAAUCAGGGAAUGCAGUCGAAUUUUUGGAGAAGAUGGUUUGACACUGAAGCUUUUCCUCAAAAGGACUGCCCCUUUUUCCAUUCUAUGGACUUUGACAAAUUACCUCUACUUACUUGCUCUUAAAAAACUGACAGCGACUGAUGUGUCUGCUCUAUUCUGCUGCAACAAAGCCUUUAUGUUCCUGCUUUCGUGGAUCGUCUUGAAGGACAAGUUCAUGGGUGUACGGAUAGUUGCUACAAUAAUGGCAAUAACUGGGAUCGUCAUGAUGGCGUAUGCGGAUGGUUUCCAUGGCGAUUCGAUUAUUGGAGUGGCUUUCGCUGUUGGAUCUGCCUCGGCGUCUGCACUAUAUAAGGUUUUAUUCAAGAUGUUCCUCGGAACGGCGAACUUCGGUGAAGCAGCACAUUUCUUUUCUACUUUAGGAUUUUUCAAUUUAAUCUUCAUCUCAUGUACUCCCAUCAUCCUUUAUUUUACCAAAGUAGAGCACUGGUCAUCCUUCUCUGCCUUACCAUGGGGAUAUCUGUGUGGAGUUGCCGGUCUUUGGUUAGCUUUCAACAUCUUAGUGAAUGUCGGGGUUGUCUUAACGUAUCCCAUCCUCAUUUCAAUAGGGACAGUCCUCAGUGUUCCAGGGAAUGCAGUUAUUGACCUGCUCAAGCAUGAAGUGAUUUUUAGUGUGGUAAGACUGGGGGCCACUAUCAUCAUCUGCAUUGGGUUCCUGCUUUUGCUGCUCCCCGAAGAAUGGGAUGAGAUUACCCUGCGAUUCAUCAACAGCUUAAAAGAGAAGAAGACUGAGGAGCAUGCUGAGGACGUGGCAGACGCUGGAGUCCACCUGAGGAGCCGGAGCAGGGCUAACGGCACAGUGUCUAUCCCACUGUCUUAAAACCAUCAUCAUCUGAAUGCACGUGAAUGUAUAUUCUGUGAAUAUAAUUUAAUUAUUUCACCAACUGUAAUGUAAUAUCAUAGUACUGACCCGCAAAUUAUUCUAAGUUAAUGACAUAAGGUUUACAUUUCUAUACACCUACAUGUAAAUAACACAAUAAAGUGCUUUUCUAUGGAA